AUGGAUGACCAAUUUGGAGGGCGUACCGACGAUGAUCUCUUCUACGACGACUUCGAACCCGUCGAGAGCGAGACCGUCGUCACUACCGAAAACGUACCGGAACCCCAGCCUGCGCCUGUAGCACCGGUUCAGGAACCACCCGCUCCUCAAGAGAAGCCAGCGCCAGCGCCAGCUCCCGCACCAUCGGCCCCUGCCUCAAAACCUGCUGGCCUCUCUUCCUCACGAUACGCCGACAAGCCAGCUCCCCCCAAACCCGCAAAGCAAGCUCCCCAACCAACAUCCAAUGCGCCUCCCAACGCUCCAACAGCUCCUCGCGAGAAGAACAACCAUGGUUCGCAAAACACCGCCGCCAAUUCUGCAGCUCGUCUGCAAUCUGGCGCAAACCCGCGACAGAAGCUCACCGACGAAGAACUCGCUGCCAAGAUGGAGAAGAUGAAGCUCCUCAACGCAGAGAAGGCGCGAAAGUUUGAAAAGGCCGAAAAGGAUGAGAAGGAUCACGCUGCGGCGUAUGCUCGCGGCAUGGAGGAGGCUAAGAAGCGCCGCGCCGAGGAAGCUGAGCGACGCAGACGUGGCGAAGAGGAUAAGCGCAGGCUUGAUGACGAACGCGCUAAGAACAGAGAGCGGAAGCUUAAGGCUAUGGGUAUGAAGGAGGGUGGAUGGGAUGAAGGUAAGGAUGCUCUUGACGAGGAGGAAAACAGACGUUUCCGUGGCGCAAAUGGUGGUAUCCGAGGAUCGAGAAGCUCCGGUCUUGGUGGAAGUCGGUACGCUUCAAAGGAUAAUGAGGAACAUGACGUGGAUCGCUUCUUGGACGAGCGACAUCGUGGUGGAAGGGGUAGGGGUCGCGGCCGUGGAGGACGAGGAGGCCGAGGUGGACGCGGUGGCCACGAAGGCGCACCACCAGCGCCAGUCAAACAAACCGUUCCCGCAGCUGAAGACUUCCCUGCUUUGCCCGGUGAGGCCAAGAAGAGCGCACCCGCACCAACGACCGAUAAGCCGGCUUUUGCGGCUGCGGCAGCUGGACCUCCACCACCACUGCCACCACCCACUGGCGGAAAGUGGGAUGAAGAGAUGGAUGAGUAUGAUGAACUGAACAAGAAGUUAUGA